GGCUGUCUCUGUGUAGGUGGGGAACUAGUGCAGCACCAAGCUGUGGCUGCCCCAUAAUGUUCCCGUCGUCCUUUCCAUUGUUCUUCUGGAUUAUGGCUGAUCUGCACUAAGAGGCUCCGCUUUGAGAAAUGAGGGCGCUUUCGGGCCGGGUGUGAAUUUUCGAAGGUCCUAGUUUGCUGACCACCGGUGAAAUCUUGGACGAGAAAGAGGCGAUGUUGACAACAAAGAGGCACCGUGCAGCCCUCUAUGCCCGAGUGGAGUCCGAGGCAUAGGGGAUGGCUGGAUAAAGAUCAAAACGCCUCCACGCUUCGGAAAUCUUCAUAAAUUCAAGCGUGGAUGAAGUCUAACACGUAAAGGUUUCCCGGUACGGCUCUGGAUUUUAUUGCCCGCCAAUGCAAAUCGUAUAUUGAUGAAACAUUUGAAAGGACGCGCAGUUAAUUGAGCUGGACUCCAAAUGCCUCGCUAGAUUAUUUAAUUGACUAGAGGGUGGAUCGCAUUGCACAUCAGCCGAGGCGACAGGAUUCCGGUUUUUUGUUUUAUUUCUACUGAUUGUGUUUUUAAUCGCAUCUGCAGUGUGUUUAUGUUAAACUAACAGGCUCUGAACAUUAUCGCUGGAAAUUUGUGUGGUGGAAAAAAGGCGAAUCGACGCAAUAUUUGCUGGGAGGAAAUGAAAAUAUGCGUUGAAGGAGGCGUACGAUGAUUUUGGGGGUUAAACCCAAAGGGAAAGACGACGCAGUGAAUUACAGCUGUAUAAGGAUCCCCUUGGAAAGAAAAAGGAACCGUUGUAAUUUUUUUUGUUUUCUUUGGUUCUGUUAGAUCAGUUAGACGUCUUAAGGGAACCAUCAAAUACCAAAGGCUAUCUAAGGCUGGUUUUUAAAUCGUUGCAAGGUGGUUAGCUUACAGUAGGAUAAACACGGUGUUUUAUAUUGACAUCGAAUGUGUGUCGUUAAAUAACAAUACCAGUAUAAACUGGUUGUCUUGAAGCUGGAGUUUCACAAAGCAGCUGAUGCGAUUCUAUUGCACUGACCGACUAGUAAGACACCUUGGUUGAGUUACAUAACUGGAGUAAUUGCGUUUGAACUUUUUGAACUUCUUGGAUCCGGAUUAACGCCCUCGGUUCCGAUCCCGAUCCCGAUCCACCGAGCCGGAGCUCAGCACCCAGACCAUGGCAGCGGUGGUGAGCUACUCCCCGCCGUGGUGGGUCAACCUCCUCCACCGGCUCCCGCACUUCAACUUCCAGUUCGAGCGGACCAGCAAUGAAUUUCGUCCGCAGGAUGCGGAUUACCAGCAGUCACUCCUGCUGCUGGGUGGCGUGGUGCUGGCCUGCCUGGCCCUCGACCUCCUCUUCCUGCUGUUCUACUCCUUCUGGCUCUGCUGCCGGCGCCAGAAGAAUGAAGAUCAGCCCAGCGCCGACUGCUGCUGCACAGCCUGGUGUGUCAUCAUCGCCACCCUGGUCUGCAGUGCUGGCAUUGCUGUUGGUUUCUAUGGGAACGGCGAGACGUGCGAUGGAGUUAACCGGCUGACAUACUCCCUGCGACACGCCAACCGCACAGUGGCAGGAGUGCAGAAGCUGGUGUCGGACAGCACCGCCUUGCUGAACCAGACGGUGGGCGAGAGCCUUCAGCAGCUGGACGGAGAGUACGCCAAGCAGGCGGACUAUGUGUCCAUCGUGCAGAAGCUGCAAGGUCAGCUGGAUGAGCUGGUGCGUCAGGAGGCCGAAAUUCCCUUCUGGAGGAACACCGACGUCUCCCUGGAGGACCUGGCCAGCAGAGCGGAGUUCUACGACUGGUACCGGUGGCUGGCUUAUCUGGGCUUGCUGCUGUUCGAUGUCAUCAUCUGCCUGCUGGUGCUGUUCGGCCUCAUUCGCAACUCUAAGGGAACGCUCAUUGGCGUCUGCUUGCUGGGCGUGCUGACGCUCAUUAUCAGCUGGGGAUCUCUGGGCCUGGAGCUGGCCGUCUCCGCGAGUGCCAGUGACUUUUGUGCAGCCCCUGACAAGUUCGUCACCAAAGUAACGGAAGAGAAUGCUGUGGUCGGCAAAGAUAUCCUCCAGUACUACCUGGUAUGCAGUGUGGGUCACGCAAACCCCUUCCAGCAGAAGCUGUCAGGAAGCCACAAAGCUCUGGUGGAGAUGCAGGAUGACAUUUCGGAGCUGCUGCGCUCAGCUGUGCGGGAAUUUCCGAAGACCAAGGGGAGUCUGGAGAUGAUCCAGGGCGUCCUGAACACCACAGAGAUCGGCCUUCACCAGCUCACCGCCCUGAUUGACUGCCGCAGCCUGCACAUGGAUUACGUCCAAGCUGUAACAGGCCUGUGCUAUGAUGGUCUGGAGGGCCUCAUCUACCUGGUGCUCUUCUCCUUCGUCACGGCUCUCAUGUUCAGCUCCAUCGUGUGCAGCGUACCGCACACCUGGCAGACCAAGAGGAACGACGAUGAAGGAGAGGAGGAGUCGAUGGGCCGCGGUAACAGGCCGCCACAUGAUAACCUGUACCGCGUGCACAUGCCCAGCCUGUACAGCUGCGGGAGCAGCUACGGCAGCGAGACCAGCAUCCCGGCCGCAGCCCACACCGUCAGCAACGCGCCCGUCACUGAGUACAUGACCCAGAACGCAAACUUUCAGAACCCCCGGUGUGAGAACACGCCGCUGAUUGGCAGGGAGUCUCCCCCACCCUCUUACACGUCAAGCAUGAGGGCGAAGUACCUGGCCACCAGCCGUCCCGAGCCCACCGCCAGCUCCGCCUCCCACUAAAGCGGCCUGUUCCCGAUCACCGGCCCCCCCAGCUUCCUCAUCCCAGCCGCUCCUCCAAACGCAUAGGCACGCGCGCCCCCCCCCCCCUCCAUCACUGCCGUCGCCGUCGAUGCAGUGCAGCUUUGCGCUACUCCGUCUGCUUUUAUUUUUGAAGUUUUUUGACCUGAAAUCCAUCAGCUGUUUUAAACGCCGUUUUCCAUCUCGGAUGUGAGCUUGAAAUAACAAACCAAGUGAAAUGUGUAGUGUAAAUAAUGCUCUUGAAACGAUAAUGUCGUAACCUCAUCGUGACGUCCACCCCCCCCACUUCAGGAACAGACCCAAGCCGUUCCCACCAUUACAGCGGUUUGCCUUCUUUUUUUUUUAUUUGCUUUUUUUGUAUUUUUUGUAAAUCCAGGUGUGGGGGGGGCUCCCAGGUCACCUCUGAGUCAGCAGUGUGUCUCCAAGGAGUAUGGUGCUAAGGCCUUUUUUUGACCAUGUAUACCUUUUCCCCUCAUGUUUUCCCUCAUUUCUUUCAUACAUCGUGCAAGAAAAUUCUAGAUUUUUUUUUUUUUUAGUCUCCUGACUUAUUCAGCCCAAUCACCACACACUAUUUCCCAGAGUCAGCAACUUUCUGUCUAUAAACCCGAAGACAGUUUUUUUCUGAAUAUCUUAAUUGGGGGGUCGCGGACCCCCAUUUGCAGACAGUCGUAGAGUGGCGCGCUCCCAGCGGCCAGCCUUCUAGCUUCAUGUGGGUUGCAUUUUUAGAUAUUAGCAUGAAUCUGAAGCUCACAGCUGGGCACAGUUCACGUUUUUUUAAACAACUGAGGGGCAAUUUAAUCCAAUUUUGCGAUUCCUGCAGGCGGUGCCGUUCUGUCUCUUGGAUUUCUGUGUCGUCGGCUUGUUCUUUUCAGCUGAUCCGUGUCGUGUUUAUGCUGCCAAAUGGGUUCCAUUCAAUGUGAAGUUUCAGCUGUCUACAGACAGGUGGCGGGCUGUAAGCCUGAUAAGACCUCAG